AUGUCGACCCAACCACACAUCAAGUUCGAGCACUCGCCCGCCGACAGUCUCGCUGAUAGCUUCGCCUCCACCCCUGGCACACAAUACACAUCUCUGUUCGACUCCAACACAAUGGACGACAGCAUGGAUUCAGUAAUGACCCCUCAGUCCUACGAGGGCGAGGAUAGCAUGUUUGGAGGAUCAGUACGGGGCGAGAGCGUCCUGGAAGAUACCCCUGCGCCAGAAAAGAAGCCAGUCAAGAAGCGGAAGUCUUGGGGCCAACAACUCCCAGAGCCAAAGACCAACCUACCACCAAGGAAACGAGCAAAGACCGAAGACGAGAAAGAACAACGUCGGGUCGAGCGAGUCCUCCGCAACCGUCGCGCAGCACAAUCAUCAAGAGAGCGCAAGCGACAGGAGGUAGAAGCAUUAGAGGCUGAGAAGCGACAGAUCGAGCGAAGGAAUCAAGACCUCGAGAUGCGCCUGGCACAUCAACAGGAACAGAUUCUCAGCCUCCAGCAAGCACUUCAAAAUGCCACAGGCAAUAAGAUGCAUGUAUUCGGAUCACCAGCCGCAUCGCCAGCUCAAGAGCUGCGCCGAGCACCAUCACCAGUCACAUUCUCACAAGAGCUAUUCAGCUCCAGAGAUCCCCACAACUCCGCCAUCAGUACCCAAUCAAUAUCUGAUCUCCAAGCCGCAGUACAAACUGUGAACCCCGCCUCACUAUCCCCCGAGAUGCGGCCCGUCGCCGAUUCCUCCAACGCCAGCUCUUCCGAUAUGACACAACAUCCUGCCGCGAUGUUGUGCGACCUGCAGUGUCAGUCGGGAGAGCAACGGCCCUGGAUGGUUUCAACGACAGCCACGACUUCAGUGGUCUAUCAAACCUUGGUAGCACUGAUCUUGACAUCUCAAGCUAUUUCGAAGAUCCUUCAACCAAUGAAUCAGAUCUACAAUACCUUGACAACAGCAUCCUCCCUAUCGCCGACAACUUCAAAUCUAACUAUGAUCAUAUGGUUGGUCACGAUGGCGCCUACGACUCGUUCGACCUCGACGAGUUCCUCAUCCACGACGACCCACACACGUCCGAGAUGCGGUCUUCGGAUUCGUAUGCUGAGACGACUGCUAGCCUGCAGCCCCAACUUGGCGCGUCCUCUUAUGGAUGCGACGAUGGCGGCAAUGCGGUCAGCGUCUGAACAGCAACUUAUCCACGACUGUCUCUCUGAUGUUGAUGUGAGUGUUCGUCGUGAGGACGGGAAUUCACCUAGUGUGGAACGACUCAUGACGCUACUUUGGACCAUUCAUGUGAUUGAGAAGGAGCGAACGCAGAAGACAACCAAGCUGGACGCAGCGACGGAAGUCAGACAGGCGUGUGAUAGGUUGGACAUGUUCAGACCUGAGAAUGAUGUUUCCUUUUCUUCCUCUACUUCUGGAACCGAGAACGGUAUGGAUGGGCUUCGUGAAGAACACGAAGCUCUGGGCAAAAAAUCCUUGGCGGAUUGGCGUAUGGCGUUUACCAAGAGAUCGUAA